CAUCAAUGUGUAUAGGCGGUUACACACGGACGUGGAUGUCUUAAUACAUAUACGUGCAUACAUCAACGUGCAGACAACAACGUGCAUGGCGCUUUUGUUAAGACGCUCGCACAAAACUGCAGUCUUGCUAUUCUUGCUACAGUAUUCCGAGUGUGCAUACAAAAUUGACAUUCAAAAACGCGACGACAUUUUGCAUUCACAUUGAUGUUUUUGUUUGCGCGUUCAUCUAUGUGCGUACAUGUUUUCAGACAUCCACGUCCGUGUGUAACCGCCUUAUGCAAAAUAUCGUCGCGUUUUUGAAUGUGGAAUCCAAUUCGCUAGAAAUUUUGUAUGCACACUCGGAUUACUGUAGCAAGACUGCAGUUUUGUGCGAGCGUCUGUACAAACGCGACAUGCACGUUUUUGUUUGCACGUUGAUGUAUGCAUGUAUAUGUAUCAAGACAUCCACGUCCGUGUGUAACCGCCUUAUUAAUAAAUUACUAAAAUAAAUAUUCCUUGCAAUCGCAAUCCUAGCUCUAAGCAUAAAACUUAUGGAUAACCUCUUUCGUAGUAACCUUGAUUAUAUUUAUAUCCUUGUCUGCUUCAUUAGAUUCUAUUGCUCUCUCUGUCUAACCUAGGAAAGCAAGAAGAAAAUAAUAUGACAUGACAUCCUAUCCUAACCUCAUUUUUGCUCCACAAACGCACUUUACUUGGGUUGAUUUUGUUUUUCCUGUAUGGGGCUCAAAAUGAGCACUAAAAAACCUCUGGUGGUGAUUUUGGGGUCGACGGGAACAGGAAAAACUAAAUUGUCGUUGGAAUUGGCUGCCAGGUUCAAUGGGGAAAUUAUAGGAGCCGAUUCUAUGCAAGUAUACAAAGAACUAGAUAUAGUAUCAGCAAAAGCCACAAAACAAGAACUAUCAACAGUUCCCCAUCACAUGAUCAACAUCCUAAACCCUCACGAAAAAUUCACUGUCCUGGAAUACAGAAACCGCGUCUUGCCAGUCAUAGACGACAUAUUUAAGCGCGACAAACUACCUAUAAUAGUUGGCGGUACCAAUUACUACAUCGAAUCAAUAUUGUGGAAGAUUCUGGUGCAAGAGCCUCACGAAAAACUGGACUUUGAAGUGGGAGUUUUGCCAAACAACGAGCACAAAUUGUCUAGCAGGGAGUUGCAUGAAAAGUUGACCAAAUUGGAUCCCGUAAGUGCCAAGCGGUUGCAUCCGAAUAACAAAAGGAAAAUUAUGAGGUCUUUAGAGGUGCUCUAUCAGCAAGGCAAAAAGCACAGCGAUAUUUUAGAAGAGCAAGGCAAUGGUUCUAAAUCUGGAGGAGGUUUAAGAUAUGACAAUGUUGUGGUUUUUUGGUUGAGGUGUUGCCAGGAGGUUUUGAACAAGAGACUGGAUGACAGGGUGGAUAAAAUGAUCGAGGAUGGAUUACUGGAGGAGUUGAUGAAUUUUCAUAAAUUGUAUAAUGAGGAGAGAUUAAAAGACAACAGCCAAGUAGACUACACAAAAGGCAUAUUCCAAACCAUCGGUUUCAAAGAAUUUCACGAAUACUUGAUGCUGAACCAGGAGGAAAAGGACAGUGAGCUGGGAAAGAAAAAAUUGGAAGAAGGCCUUGAAAAGCUCAAAAUCGGUUCCAAAAGAUAUUCAAAAAAGCAAACCAAAUGGGUGAUCAAUCGGUUUUUGGCCAGAAAAGACAGACAGGUCCCGCCCAUAUACAGUUUGGACUCCACUAGUUUACCACUGUGGGAAAAAUGCGUCGCCGGACCAAGCGUCCUUAUAGUGCAAAGUUACUUAUCGAAAACUGCAUGCGAAAUUCAACCGAUUCCUUUGGUGGAAAAAGAGUCUGUGCCUUAUACUUCCGAAAUGACUUACUCGUGUAAAGUGUGUGAUAAAGUGUUAGUGAGUUCGCAACAGUUUGAAAUUCACAUGAAAUCGCGCCGGCAUAGAAAUAUGUUGGAAAGAGUUAGUAAAAUUCCAAAAUGAGGAUUAGCUGAUUUAAGUGUGAGUCUUUUUUGUUUUUAAAUAAAUUGAAUGCUUGAUGAAAUUAG